UAAAUGUUUCGGAACAUAUCUUUAGUGUACACUCAUAAAGGGAUUUACUUUUGCUUCUUCAUUGGGAUUACCGUCAACUCUACUGUGCUUUCAGCCAGUCGACCACAUGGAUUCUGAAGAAAGCGAACAAUGAAGAAAUGGCUUCAACUUCAAAGUCAAAUGAAGAUUCCUCAGCUACUAAUCCAGACGACGAUUCCCUAAAGUGUAUAACUGGACAACAGAACGUUACACCAAGUAGGUUUAUUAAGAGUCAGCCGAAAACUGAUGUUUCGCUUGGUUUUUCAAAUUCAAACCUAACUGAUGAAAAAAAUUUGAAAGGAUCCAGUAAUACUCCACAAGUAUUUCUGAGUACUUCACUUCCAUGUCUUUUUGAAAAUCCUUUGAGCUUGAACUCGAUUUCUAAAUCUCUUCCUGUUUUAUAUCAAAUCAAUAAUCAUACUGUACAUUCAGAGAAUGAAUUGUCGGUACAUAUUAAGGACAAAAAUGAGAGUAUAUUUAUUCAACCUGACAACUCGCCAAAAAAUAUUCAGUUAACUAAAUCUGAUUCAAAUGAAUCGUUGAAUCAUUUAAAUACAAUGGAAUUGAUAAGUAAUUUAAACACUUCUAUAAAUAAUAAUAAAUCUAAUUGUCUACCUAUAAUUGAACCGAAUAAAUUACUUAAUAACAUACCAAAUACAUCAAAUGUUGAUUCAUUAUUAAUUAAAGAAUUAGAAAAUUCUAUAUAUCAUAUUAAAUGGAUUAAAUUUAAUAAUCAAACACGUCCAAUUAUAACACAAAAUAACAAUGGUCCAUGCCCAAUGAUUGCUAUAGCAAAUGUACUUUUAUUACGUGGAACAAUUAAUUUAUCAAAUGAUAGUGAAUUAAUCAGUGGUAAUCGUUUAUUGGCUAUUCUUAGUGAAUUACUUUUAUCGAAAGCUCCUAAUGAUCUUGAUUACGACCAACAAAUUAAUUAUGAGUCGAAUUUCCGUGAUGUACUUUGCUUAUUUCCCAGUUUACAAACUGGACUUGAUAUAAAUAUCAGGUUUACUGGUGUUGCAGAUUUUGAGUACACUCCAACAUUAAGCUUAUUUGAUUUGUUCAACAUACACAUUUAUCAUGGUUGGCUUGUGGAUCCUGAUGAACAUGAUUUAGCUGCAACUGUUGGUAAUCGAACUUAUAAUCAAUUGACUGAAGAGUUACUCCGAUUAGAAUCAUCUGAUAAUUAUGAGGAUUUAAAAAGAAGUAUACUUGUUGAAUGGUUUCUAAAUGAAAGCGGUUCACAGUUAACUUUUCAUGGUCUAAGCCAGCUAGUUACAACUUUACACGAUGAAGAAUUGGCUGUGUUUUUUCGAAAUAAUCACUUUAACACCAUAUUAAAGCAUAAGGAUUCAAUAUUUGUAUUAGUCACAGAUAUGGGUCUUCUCAAUGAACCAAAUAUUGUUUGGGAGUUAUUAAAUGAUUUAGAUGGUGAUACACAAUUUGUUGAUUGUUCAUUUCAAUUAUUUUGUCCAACAACAUCUGAUUCAUCAAUUCGAAAGACAUCUGAUGCUGUUCGUAUUAUUACAAUUAAAUCGGAUAAAUUGGAUUCAAAAUCUAGAACCGAUUGUAAAAGUACUAAUAAUAGUAAUAACAGUAAAGAUAAUUUUGUCGAAAAACAAUACUAUCCUGAUUCCGUACCUGUGUGUAAUCUCAGUGAGAGUAAUUCGACUUCAUUAGAUUAUGAUUUAUGCAAAAUGCUUCAAGAAGAAGAAAUCAGAGCUUCAAAUCAAGAUCCAGAAACAUUUUGGAAAUUAUACAAAUAAAAUAUUUACCUCAGCUUGUAUUUGUUCUUCCUCUAUGCUUCACAUUUUUUUACGUGAAUAUCGUCAUAGUGGUUAGUAGCCGUUCAAUAUAAAUAAUUAGUUACUAACUAAUAACAUUUUCCUGAGAAGUAUCGAUAUAUAUAUAUAUAUAUAUAUAUAUAUAUAUAUGGAUAAAACCUCAAAUUGUAGAAUACAUCACAAAGAUAUUCAAAAUCAGAUUCAUUUAGUAUUGUUUUUUUUUCAUGUCUGAUUUAUAUUGCUAUUAUUAUUUUUAUUAUUAUUUUUUAUUAUAAAUCUUCUUAUACUUUAUAUAUACGUAAAUAUUUCUCACUAGUUUAAUCACCUACUAUUAUUCAUUAUUAGUGCCAAUUGCACAAUAGUAACAAUAUGAUGUGAAUUUUGACAGCAAUGAUUAUAAAAAAUAACUCUUGUUAAAAAACAAUACCUCUUUCAUUUGUUAUACUUAUUACUCUCUGUUAAAGAAAACUUAUUUUCUCUUAUACAUUCGUUUCACUUGAUAUCACUUUGAACAUUUGGUUUUUUAGUUUUUAUUUCAAGAGUCCAUUUCUGUUUUGUGAUAGUUGUUUACUCAUAGAUUUUUAUUUUCUUUGUAUCUUGUCGUUUUUCUCCCAUCUCUUGCCUCUGCACAUUUCUAGAAAAAAAAAGAGUGAAAAGGCAUGAACAUUGCACAGAGUUAUUGUGAUGAUUAUUUUUAUAAAACCGAAAAAGAAAGAUAUAAAUUAAACAUUUACUCUUUUCGUCUUUUCUAAACUUUCACUGCUGCUCAUCUUUAUUCCAUGAAGAGAAAAUUACAAAAUAUCAAUUAGUGUAUUGUUUUUUUUUAUAAAUUCAAUGUAGAUCUUCCUAUUUACUAUCAUUGUGUUGUGUUUUGUUUGAUUUCUUUUUUUUUCUAAAUAUUUAUUAAACAAUUUAUAAUUUGUUUAUUUCUCAACUAUAUAUUCAACCAUUGUUCUCUAUCAUCAUGAUAAUAAUGAUGAAAAUGAUUAGUUUGUAAACUGAUUUUGUUAACAAUAAAAUCAGUAUGCAUAUAUUCAUCAGUAUUAUCUGGUUAUGUACUUCUGUCUUUUUUCUUCAUUUGUUUCUCUUCUCCUUUCUACAUAUUUACUCACAUUAACCGUAAAUGUAGAUUUUUUUACAGAAAAAUCGUAUCAUUUUGUUAUCCCACUUUUUUUCUGUGUAUAUACACAAUCAUUACCAUUAUUGUAUGAAGUACAUUACGUAUAUAUAGACUACUUAGAUAUAUGAAUAUAUUGAUAAUGAUGGUAUCUACGUUAUUUUUUUCUUUGUUUCCUUGUUGUUGGUUAUUUGCAUGGUUACUUAUGUAUUUUUUUCUUUUCAGAAUAAACAGCAUACUAAAGU